CGUCAAGCUACCUUCAGCAUCGAGUGUCGUCCGGGUCCGCCCCGCCAUGAGUUUCUCCGGCCUUGCUCCGCCGCCGCCGUUCCUCCCGACGCCCGGCCGGCCGUCACUUCCAUGGGAGGAGUGGGAUCAGACCUUAACGGUCUACCUUCUAGCGUCCGGAGCAGCUGAGUUCCCACCAGCGCGACGCAAGGCCAUUCUUCUGCAUUGUUUGGGGGCAGAAGGGCAGCGUGUUUACCGCACUUUACCUGCAGGGUCAAAUGCCGCAGCACCAGCAAGCACCGCCGCACCGGAAGUACAAGAGAAGCCUCCCGCAGCCACUACUGACGAGUACGAGGCAGCACUCAUCGCCUUACGGCAGCAGUUUUCCACGUCGUGUAACGUCGUCGUCGAGCGUCAUCGUUUCCACCACCGCAGCCAACACGCAGGCGAGUCCGUUCAUGACUUUGUUGCUGCUUUACGGGAGCUUGUUUCGCAUUGUUCGUUCGCUUCACAAGAUGAUGCUCUGUGGGACCGAUCUGUUGCCGGCGUUGUUUCCAGCUGCGUCCGGGAACGGUUGCUGCUCGAGGGUUCCUCCUUUUCGUUCGAGAGUGCAGUGCGGAUCGCUCUUCAGUUUGAGCAAGCACCUGAAGAGCUGAAGGAAUUUUCUGCUUUGGUCGAGCCUGUUUCUGUACGGCGUCGUUCCCAGUAUUCGCAUUCUUCAAGAAAAUUCAAUUACCAGCCAAAAGCGCAUUUUCAGCAAAGCUCUCCAAGCGCUAGCGGUUCGCGUGCGCCGCAGGGGCCCCGCCCCACUCGGCGAGACAGAGAUAGCCGGUCCGUUUCACCACACUGUUUCCGAUGCGGCUCGCGGAAUCACCGCGCAUCAGCGUCACAGUGCCCUGCGCAGGGAAAGAAGUGUUUGUUUUGCGGUAUCAAAGGCCACUUUCAGAAAGUAUUCAACCGCAAGCGUCAAAUGCAAGGCAGGAUUCAUGAAGUUGGCAUCAAUGACGAUGCUUUGUUGCUGAGCCUUGACAUCAUCGAACGCAUCGAUGCUUCUGAAUGGGUUUCGCCCAUUGUUGUCGUUGACAAGAAAGACGGCACCAUCAGAAUUUGUGCUGACAUCCGGGAGCCUAACAAGGCUAUUGUACCAGACAGGUUCCCGUUGCCUCAUACACAGGAACUCCUUCAUGUAUUGGAGGAAUUCAAGCAAGCCGUCUUCAACGAUGGUUGUCUGCAAACGGUCAAGUCGUUCGUGCUCGGUUCUUGGCCACCACAAAAGUCCAUACCAGAGGAGGCAAAACCUUUCUAUUCUGUGCGCGAAGAACUUUCUGUUGUUGAUGACCUUCUACUGAGCGCAGAAUGCCUCGUUGUUCCGUCGUCACUCACGGCUCAGUUCAUCGCCGUCGCCCACGAGGCACAUCCGGGCAUCACGCGCACAAAGGCGCGACUUCACGGCCACACACUGAACGCCUCCAAGCUUUCCCGGGUUCCUGAGAGGGGCACGAGUCCACCAUACCAACGUUUGGAGCUACCUGCGCCACAGCUUCUGGUUCAAGUGCCGCAGCCUGCCCUGCCACCGCCGCUUUCUCCCUGGUCGCAGCCGCCGCCUCCUGGCGUACUGCAGUCUGCCGUACCGCAGUCGCCUGCUCCUGAUCCGCAGCUGCCUGUACCGGAGCCCGCCAUGCUGUGGUCGCCUUCUCCUAAGCCGCAAUCGCGGUCUCCUGGCGUACUACAGAGCUCUACAAGCUCAUUACCAUCUCCGGCUGUGCAGCAUCCCCAUCUGCCGUCAUGA